ACAAUAUACGCAAUAAUGGCAAGCUUGUGUGGUUUCAUGCAUAACAAUGUCUUAACCUUUCUCUUCUGCUGUAUGAUGAUUGUUGGCUUAAUAAUGCCUUCACCAUCUGAAGCUGCCAUAAAGAAAUACAAAUUUGAUAUUGAAUUGAAGAAUGUGAGUAGGCUGUGCCAUGCAAAACCCAUUGUAACAGUAAAUGGAAGGUACCCAGGGCCAACUGUUUAUGCUAGAGAAGGAGAUAGAGUACAAGUCACUGUCACCAACCAUGUACAAUACAACUUGUCCAUUCAUUGGCAUGGGCUGAAACAACAUCGCAAUGGGUGGGCUGAUGGACCAGCUUAUAUCACACAGUGUCCUAUUCAAACCGGAAACAGCUACACUUAUGACUUUAAUGUUACUGGGCAAAGAGGAACACUGUGGUGGCAUGCACACAUUCUCUGGCUCAGGGCCACUGUGUAUGGUGCAAUUGUCAUUAUGCCUAAACUUCGAACACCAUUUCCUUUCCCACAGCCAGCUAGAGAGUUCGAAAUUCUCCUAGGUGAAUGGUGGAACAAUGAUGUGGAAAACAUUGAGAAACAAGGGACCCAAAUGGGAGUGCCACCAAAUAUCUCAGAUGCACAUACAAUCAAUGGCAAACCAGGACCUCUAUUUCCUUGUUCUGACAAGCACACUUAUGUAAUGGAGGUGGAACAAGGGAGGAGUUACCUGCUGAGAAUCGUCAAUGCUGCACUCAAUGAUGAACUCUUUUUCGCCAUUGCGGGUCACAACAUGACAGUUGUGGAGGUUGAUGCAGUUUACACAAAACCAUUCACCACAAGUUCCAUACUAAUUGGACCAGGACAAACCACAAACGUUUUAGUCCAUGCCAACAAUGUUCCAAGCAGAUACUUCAUGGCCGCAAGGGUCUUCAUGGAUGCUCCAAUCUCAGUUGACAACAAAACUGCCACGGCUAUAUUCCAAUACAAAGGCAUCUCAAACACUGUGAUCCCUUCUCUGCCUCAACUUCCUGCUAGAAAUGACUCAGCUUUUGCUUUGAGUCUCAACAAGGAACUCAGAAGCCUAAACUCUGAUCAAUACCCUGCUCUUGUUCCUCUCAAAAUUGAUAGAAACCUCUUCUACACUAUUGGUUUAGGCAUGAAUCCUUGCCCUACGUGUGUCAAUGGAACAAGACUAGUUGCUUCAUUGAACAAUGUCUCAUUUGUGAUGCCACAAACUGCACUUCUUCAAGCUCACUAUUUAAACCUCAAGGGCGUUUUCAGAACUGAUUUUCCUGAUAGACCUUCAAAACCUUUCAACUAUACCGGUGCGCCGCUAACGGCAAAUCUUGCCACCUUAACGGGGACACGGCUUAGCAAGAUUGCCUUCAAUUCUUCGGUGGAGCUGGUUUUGCAAGAUACCAAUCUCCUCUCAGUUGAGUCACAUCCAUUCCACCUUCAUGGAUAUAAUUUCUUUGUUGUUGGAACCGGUGUUGGUAACUUUGAUCCAUCUAAAGACCCUGCUAACUACAACUUGGUUGACCCCAUUGAAAGGAACACCGUUGGAGUUCCCACCGGUGGUUGGGUAGCUAUUCGUUUCAGGGCCGAUAAUCCAGGUAAAAUGUUCAUGCAUUGUCAUCUGGAGCUGCACACUGGUUGGGGAUUGAAAAUGGCUUUUCUUGUUGAAGAUGGACCAGAAAAAGAUCAAUCUGUUUUGCCACCACCAAAGGACCUUCCCACAUGCUAGCCGUCUACACUAAAUUAUAGGAAAACAAGGAUUGUAUUGUAUUGAACGUUUUUUCUAAUGUUUUUGUUGUGUUCUUUUAUUUGUCUGCUUAGCCUUCCGCGGUAAAUUUUGCAGAAGGUUUUUAAUUGUGAAUUAAUAAGAACAGAGCAAUGUAA